AUGAUCCCGUUCAACCCCGCGGUCGCCGCGGAGGUGCGCGCCCUGAUCCAGGGCGCCGAGGACUCCACCUUCGACCCCAUAUAUCGCGAGCUCUCCCAGCUUGUGGAUUGUAGCCCUGAUGGGUGCGUUUUGUUGCUUCAAGUUUGUGUGGAUGAAAUGCUCUUGAACAUUGGUGGGGCAAAGAACCACCAAUUGAAACAUGAUCUUGUAGCCGCCAUCUUCAGAUAUUGUGUGGAUAAACCCUACUUCAGCACCAGUUUCUGUGAAGCAUUGAGGGCAAUACCUGUCAGUGAUGGGUUCCUUGAAACACUGUCCGAUGAACUUGAGUUAUCUGCUGCUGAGAGGGUUGGAGUUGGACUUGCUCUCUCAGAUUCUGGGAAUUCAGACUUGAACCUGGAAGGGAGAAAAUUUACAAUUGCUCAAAUUGAGGAGUUAUGCUCAAACCAUGCUCAUUCUGUAUCAAAUGAACGGAUCCAGGAGAUUGUUGUGUUUCUUCUUCAGACUGAAGGCCUCUCAAAUCAUAUGGACUCCUUUACUAAGAUUGUUUCCCUAUUAAAUGUCGAAGAGGGGCCAUUCUAUUUUCCUGUCCCACUUCAGCAAGCCAAUAGUGAUCAAGCAAAUUCUUUGAGAUAUACAGAGAUGUGCAUUGGUAGCUCAGAUGAUGAUUUUGACUCCCUUCUAUCUGAAAUUGGAAAACAAAUAAGCCUGCCUGAUAUCAUCAGUGAACUGGGAUAUGGAUGUACUUCUGAUACUACUCAUUGUAAAGAAAUAUUAUCACUCCUUGAGCCUCUUGAUGAUAUUGGAAUCUCUAAGUUACUAGGGGUGGUUGUUUGCACUCGUAUUGGUGUUGGAGAAGCUCAAAAUACAUAUUCAGUAUUCCUUUCGGCUUUUGGGAACAACCAAACAAUUGACUCAUCUCAGUUGACUGCAUGGAAUAUUGAUGUCCUUGUGGAUUCAAUCAAUGAAAUUGCACCUGGAACUAACUGGACGCAUGUAAUAGAAAAUCUUGAUCAUGAGGGUUUCACUAUCCCUGAUGAAGCAGCUUUUCGUUUAUUGAUGUCUAUAUAUUCUCGAGCCUGCAAGGAUCCAUUCCCACUUCAUGCCAUCUGUGGGUCACUGUGGAAUAAUACAGAAGGACAACUGUCAUUCUUGAAACAUGCAGUGGCUUUGCCAAAUGAUACAUUUACUUUCGCACAUUGUACCAGGAAGAUGGCUUUUCCAGACUUGGGAAAUCGUAACCAAGGCAACCAGGCUUGGUACUGCCUUGACCUUCUUGAGGUGUUAUGUCAGCUUGCUGAACUUGGCUAUGCAAAGCCAGUGCGAGCAAUGCUUGAUUAUCCUCUGAUCAAUUGUCCUGAAGUGUUACUUCUUGGUGUUAGCCAUAUCAAUACUGCAUAUAAUCUCAUCCAGCACGAAGUGUUGUCUUGUGUUUUUCCUGCUGUGGUGAAGAACACCAUGCACAGCAGUCUUAUGAAUUAUCUCUGGCAUAUCAACCCUUACCUUACUCUUCGAGGAUUUGUUGAUGCUCAUUCUGACAUAAGUUGUCUUCUGCGAACUGUUGAGAUAUGUGAAGACCUAAAGAUCUUGGCUACUGUCCUUGAUUCCACCCCGUUUGCAUUUAGCAUUAGACUUGCUACAGCUGCCUUUAGGAAGGACCAUAGCCAUCUUGAAAAAUGGCUGACUGAAAAGUUGAGUGCACAAAGAGUGACCUUUCUUGAGGAAUGUGUUCAAUUCUUGAAAGAGAUUAUGAUAAGCACAAAUUAUAAUGCUGUGGAAGGUGCCAUUCAACAUCUUCAAGCUACUCUUUCAAAUAUCUGCUGGGACUCUUGCCCUGUAUUUAUAAAGGUUCUUCGUUCUCACUCGGGGCAGCUGCUGUCUAACCAACUGGUGGAUGAACUAAGGAGAGUUGAAUCAGUGUAUGAAUCAAGUAAUCGUGGUGAUGUAGGAAGGGACAUGCCUUCUUCUGAUGGAGGUUCUGAAGACAUCGAAGCUCAGGCAAAUAUUUAUUUUCAACAGAUGUUUGCUGGCCAGAUAAGCAUUGAUGCUAUGAUACAGAUGCUUGCACGCUUCAAAGAAUCAAAAGACAAGAGGGAGCUAUCAAUUUUCAACUGCAUGAUCUCAAAUUUGUUUGAAGAAUACAAGUUCUUCCCGGAGUAUCCAGAUGCACAACUUAAAUUAGCUGCUGUGCUUUUUGGCUCUGUCAUUAAACAUCAACUUGUGGCCCACCUGGCACUUGGAAUUGCUCUACGGGGUGUUCUUGAUGCCCUGCGUAAAUCCAUUGAUUCGAAGAUGUUUAUGUUUGGUACGACAGCGUUGGAGCAGUUUAUGGAUCGAGUAAUUGAGUGGCCACAAUAUUGCAAUCAUAUACUGCAGAUUUCACAUCUUCGUGGGACACAUGCUGAGUUAGUUUCUGGUAUCGAGCAAGCACUUGCCAAGAUAUCGUUGAGUCAAAAUGAGCCCAAUUUGAGCCCCAUGCUUCCUGUGGAUCAGCGAGUUUCUGGUUCACAGUCUAUUGAAAACAUAGAGUCUUCUGAAGCAUCAUGGCAGUUCAUAAAUUCAACUCCAACACAACUAGAUAGGACAAUUUCUUCCUUUUCAUUGCAACAGAGGAAUCAGGGAUUUCUCGGGGAGAGGUCCAAAGGCUCUACUAAUACCAGUCAAACAAAAACCAUCAUGGCUAUUGGUCAACCUCCUCUCACUUCAACUAGUGAUUUGGGUGUCAAUUCAAAGGCUACUAUAUCACUGUCGUCUCAAGCUUCACCCCAUCAUUCUAGCAGCGUAUCAGCUCUUUCACAAUCUUCUGGUUUUGUACGAUCUAGAAGUUCAGCUCCAUCAGGCAUUCUUCGACAACCUUCCUACACUACAGGAUUUGGAUCUGCUUUAAAUAUCGAGACUCUUGUUGCUGCAGCUGAACGAAGAGAUACACCAAUUGAGGCCCCUCCACCUGAAGUUCAAGACAAAAUUUUCUUCAUGAUCAAUAAUAUUUCCAUUUCUAAUAUGGAGGCUAAGGCAAAAGAGUUUAAUGGGGUUUUACAGGAGCAUUAUUAUCCUUGGUUUGCACAAUACAUGGUCAUGAAAAGGGCAAGCAUUGAACCGAAUUUCCAUGACUUGUAUUUGAAAUUCUUCGACAAGGUUAACUCAAAAUCAUUGAAUAGGGAAAUAAUGAAAGCUACAUACGAGAACUGCAAGGUCUUGUUACGGUCAGAUCUUAUCAAAUCUAGUUCUGAAGAGCGUUCGUUGCUAAAAAAUCUUGGUAGCUGGCUUGGAAAAUGCACUAUAGGUAGGAAUCAAACAUUACGAGCAAAGGAAAUUGACCCAAAAAUCUUAAUAGUUCAGGCUUAUGAAAGGGGGUUGAUGAUUGCGGUCAUUCCGUUUACUUCAAAGAUUCUUGAAUCUUGCCAAUCAAGUAUAGCAUAUCGUCCUCCCAAUCCCUGGACGAUGGGUAUUCUUAGUCUUCUUGUUGAGAUAUACAAUCUACCUAAUCUCAAAAUGAACCUCAAGUUUGACAUUGAGGUUUUGUUUAAGAAUCUUAGUGUGGACAUGAAUGAUGUAAAACCAUCUUCUCUUCUUAAAGAUCGGAUUCGACAGGUUGUCGGAAAUCCAGAUUUUUCAAAUAAAGAUGUUAUUGCAUCUCAAACACCUGCAGCAGCGGAGGUCUCUUCCGGUAUCGUUCCUUCACUGAACCAUGUAGAACUACAACCUGAGAUUAAUAUCACUUCACGUGCUACAAGCCUUCCAAAUAUGCUUAGUCAGUAUGCAGCACCUAUUCGCCUACCUCCAAACAGUAUGGUUGAAGAUGAUAAGGUUGCUUUAAUCAUGCCUGAACAAGUUAGCUCUCACAGCCUGACCCAGGUUGCACCACCUCAAACACCAUCACCGUCCCCAUUUUCUUUGAGUCAGCUUAUGGCAGCAAUUCCACGUGCUGAUAUAUAUUUCAGAAUCAAUGAAAAGCUUAACUCACUUGGCCCAAAAUUGCAGUAUAGCAAAAUCAUGGACGUGGCAUUAGAUAAGGCUAUUAAGGAGAUUAUAGGUCCUGUUAUUCAAAGAAGUGUUACAAUAGCUAGCCGAACCACUAAGGAACUUAUUCUAAAGGAUUAUGCAAUGGAAUCUGAUGAUGGGACCAUUUCUCGCUCUGCACAUUUGAUGGUUGGUAUAUUAGCAGGAAGUUUAGCCCAUGUUACUUCCAAGGAGCCUCUUCGUGUUGCUUUGUUAUCUAAUCUUCGGAGUCUUGUUCAGAACCUGAUUAGCAAUAGUGAAACCACUGAACAAAUUAGUCACAUCCUUGUUAAUGAUAAUCUGGAUCUUGGAUGUGCUCUAACAGAGACUGUGGCAACACGCAAGGCUGUUGAGAUGAUUGAUGGAGACAUAAAGCAACCUUUUGCACAACUCAGGAGACAAAAGGAACUACAAGGCUCAGCUUAUUAUGAUGUUUCUCCUUACACUCAAGGUCUUACACGUGUCCCCGAUGUACUCCGUCCUAAGCCUUCUGGUAAUUUGUCUGCUGUCCAACGACGAGUAUACGAGGACUUCAUCACUGUGUGGCAUAGCCAGAGUAGUCAAAAUGCUGGUGCAACAACUUCUGCUACAACAGUGGCCAUUGCCCCAACCGAAUCCAGUACUGCUUCAGUUCAUGGACCGAUUUUAGCACCAUCAGCCUCCAGUAGUUUCUCAACUCUCCAAUUUGCUGCGUUCACAUCUGCAAAUCAUUCAACAGAAUUAAUACCUGACAAGAUAGAUCCUGGUGCUACACAACUUUUAAGUACCACUGACAGUUCUGGCCAAGCUUGUGGAAUCACAAAUGUUGCAUCGAUUUUUCCUCCUAUGGCAUCUGGUGACCUUCUAGUGGGUGAACUAGCAACUGCAACUAAAGAUGUAGGUUCUGCGAUACCACCUUCACCCACAGUUGCUAUCAAUCGUCUAGGAUCUGCUUUUCCAGAACUGCUGAAUACUGGUGAUGCAUUGGACAGAUAUCAACAUGUUUGGCAGAAGCUUGAAACCUUGAUUGCAAACAAUGGGAAAGAUGUGGAAAUUCAGUCUGUUAUCGCCGAAGUUCCUGAUAUCUUGUGCAGAUGUGUGAGUCGGGAUGAAGCCGCUUUAGCAGUUGCACACAAGGUUUUCAGAAGUUUGUAUGAAAAUGCAUCAAAGAGCACUUUUGUCACAUGGCUUCUAGCAACCCUUGUUGCAGUGCGUGAUGUUUGCAAACUCGUCAUGAAAGAGUUAACAAGCUGGAUAAUAUAUUCAGAUGAAGAGAAGAAAUUUAACUUGGAGAUAGUUAUUGGACUUAUUAGUUAUGCUCUGCUUAAUCUUGGGGAGUAUGAUGCUCAUUUGGCAAAGCUUAUAGAUGGUGGAAGAAACAAGACGGCAACAGAAUUUGCUAUAUCACUCAUCAAGACAUUGGUUACCCAAGAAUCCAAUAGCGUCUCCGAGCUUUUUAAUGUUGUUGAUGCCUUAUCGAAGCUUGCAAUCAGGCCUGGGUCACCUGAUUCAUUGCAGCAAUUGGUUGAAGUUGCAAGGAGUACCUUGAACAGCAGUACUAAUUACGCUGCUUCAAAGGAUGAAAAGGUUAUUCAAUCAAGGGAUAAAAAGGUUGUAUCUGGUCAACCUUCGAUGAAUAAUGAAGAAGAUAAUGCUGAUGGCAUUGCUUUUGCUAAUGCUGCUGAUUUUCAGGACAAGGUUGCGGUCUUGUUUUCUGAAUGGUGUCAAAUAUGUGACCAUCCCACCACCGGUGAUUCAGUAUAUAGUCAUCACAUUGUGCAGUUGCAACAGAAUGGCUUGCUAAAGGGAGAUGAUUUGACUGACCAUUUUUUCUUUAGUCUAACGGAACUUGCUAUCGCACACGCUAUAGUGUCUGAGCAAGCUAUUGCUCCUAGUGGACUAUCUCCGCAGUCAUCCCAGCAACAUCAGAUUUCUUAUUUUUCAAUUGACUCAUAUUCAAAACUUGUGACUUCAGUUGUCAAGUCAGUGGAUUUGGGACAAAAUAAAGGCAGUCUUCUCCAUAAGAUUUUCUCUGUGACAGCUAGGAUCAUUCAGAAAGAUGCUGAAGAAAAGAAUCUUUCUUUCAAUCCUCGGCCAUAUUUCCGUUUGUUUAUAAAUUGGUUAAGUGAGCUUACUUCUUCUGACUUUCACCAUGAUGGCGCUAAUUUUCAGGUUUUGAGUACGUUUGCAAAUGCACUUCAUAUUCUGCAACCCUUGAGAGUUCCUGCUUGGAGUUUUGCCUGGCUUGAAUUGGUGAGCCACCGAUGCUUCAUGCCAAAGUUAUUGAUGUGCAAUUUGCAAAAAGGCUGGCCAUUUUUCCAGAGGUUGCUCGUUGAUUUGUUCAAAUUCAUGGAGCCAUACCUAAGAAAUGCUGAAUUGGGACAACCUAUUCUCCUUUUGUACAAAGGAACGUUAAGAGUGCUACUUGUGCUAUUGCAUGACUUCCCUGAAUUUCUUUGUGACUAUCACUUCAGUUUCUGUGAUGUGAUUCCCCCAAGCUGCAUUCAAAUGCGUAAUGUUAUUCUUAGUGCUUUCCCACGUAAUAUGAGACUUCCAGAUCCGUCCACUCCUAACCUAAAGAUUGAUCUGCUAGCGGAAAUUUCAAUAGUUCCUCGAAUCAUGACUGAUGUGGAUGGUGCUUUGAAGGCAAAGCAAAUGAAGACUCAGAUUGAUGAAUACCUAAAGAGACCAGAAGGUUCCCUCUUUUUGACUGAUCUAAAGCAGAAGUUGUUGUUAACACAAAAUGAAGCAAACAUUGCUGGGACUCGUUACAAUGUUCCUCUAGUUAAUUCACUUGUCCUUUACGUUGGCAUGCAGGCUGUGCAGCAGUUGCAGCAAACCAAGGUGAAUGCAUCAGCACCAGCACAAAUUAACCAAAGUCAAAUGGAUAUAUUCCAAAUCGAAACAGCUACUGAGAUGUUCAGAAACCUUGUAAUGACUAUGGACACAGAAGGUCGCUACCUUAUUCUCAAUGCGAUUGCUAACCAGCUUCGCUAUCCAAAUAGCCAUACCCACUACUUUUCCUUCAUCAUUCUGUACUUGUUUGCCGAGGCAACACAGGAAAUUGUCCAAGAGCAGAUAACAAGGGUUUUUCUGGAAAGGUUAAUUGUCAACCGGCCUCAUCCUUGGGGAUUACUCAUUACUUUCAUUGAGCUGAUAAAGAACCCACGCUACAGCUUCUGGACUCGAUCCUUUACACACUGUGCUCCUGAGAUAGAGAAGCUUUUUGAGUCGGUUGCAAGGUCCUGUGGAGGUAAAGGCACGGACGAUGGAAUGGGUCUAGCGGACGGAGGCCACUAG